UCUGAGGUGGCCCUCAAGUGAUGGGCCUGGGUUCAACUUGGAUACUAAUCCCGGAUCCGAGUUUUACAUGGAUACUAACCGGGCUGAUAUCUGACUCGCCAGUACACACAGUGACUAAGUUGAUCUCUCCCUCUCUCUGCAGCAAGACAUCGAAAGUCCUAGGUCAUCGAAUUAGCCUCUAGAGGUUGUCGCUGAGAGACGGGAAGAGAAGGGCGUCGAAAUGGGUUACAUUCAGGAAGCACGUGAAAAUCACGUGAAGAAGAAAGUCGAAGAAGCUUUAAGAAGCAAAAUGAAGCAGAAGGCACUUAAAGAAUGUGACCAAUUCACUUCUAAGUAUGCGCAAUGUGCCUCUGGAAGAACCCUUUCUGUUGUUUGGCAGUGUCGCAAACAGGCUAAAGAAUUGAACCUUUGCCUACAUCAGUACACAAAUGAUGCUGUCUUGGAAGAGAUGAAGAAAGAAUACAUGCUUCAACAAAAUGGCAAGGGGUCUGCGAGAAUCUAAUCUUCUUUCUGUUGUUGAUGAUAUGAUUACCAACAGAGCAUUUGAAGGACAAUUUUUCUGCCAGUUAAAUUUUUUGGAUGAUGCAUUUGCAUUGCAUUUGGGCUUGAACCCUGUUUUUUCUUUUGACCAUUACAGGGAACAGUAUCAUUUUAGGGGUUACAGAUAUUAAACUUAGAAGUACCUUAUAAUGGCAAUCCUAAAUUUAAUAUGGAGCAAUUGGAAGAUUGUUGUUUGGAA